AACGCUAUUCUAGAUUUUAGCGAGGCAAAGCAAAAGGGUAGGUAGAAGUUGAAGUGAAGAGUGUAAGAUAUUUGGAUUGGAGGAAAUUGUGGUGUUUGGAAACAGAACAGAACAGAACAGAACAAACAUGUCGUGGUGUUCUUGCGCUAAGCCUCUGACGUUGCAGUUGCAAUUGCAAUCAAGACCAGCCUCAUUGAUCCAUUCCCACGGUGGAGGAGUAACAGUUACAACCUCAUCAAUGUCUAUUCGACCCUCUUCUCCUCUUGUUUUCACCCACAACUUCCACUUCCAACCCAAACUCAAACGCGCAUCCACAUCCAUUCGCUGCUCCUCUGCGUUGACUCCUCAAUUGAAGUCUACUUUGGAUAAGGUUAUUGCUACAAAUAAAGUAGUUCUGUUUAUGAAGGGAACUAAAGACUUUCCACAGUGUGGAUUCUCAAACACAGUGGUGCAAAUAUUGAAGUCUCUUAAUGUUCCUUUUGAAGCCAUAAACAUACUUGAAAAUGACAUGUUGCGCCAAGGGCUGAAGGAGUAUUCCAGUUGGCCUACCUUUCCUCAACUCUACAUAGAGGGAGAGUUCUUUGGUGGCUGUGAUAUCACUGUUGAGGCAUAUCAGAAUGGGCAAUUGCAGGAGCUGUUGGAGAAGGCAAUGUUAUCCUGAAGACAUGCAAGGAAUGAGAGGAUUUCCCAAGUUUGUAAUCUUCCCAAAGUUAUACCGUGGCCUAGUGAUAAUGGACCAAUAAAUUGUUUGAUGCAUUGUGUCAACAAUUAUUUGAAUACAAAACGGACAUGUCGUUUGAUGAUAUCUCAUUAAAUAGACUUUUGAAGUACUAGUUGCUACUGCUAACCCUGUUCAAUUAACCAUUUAAAACUGUCAUGUUGCUGCUACUUGUCAUCUUAUAGAUACAUCUUUUUGUUGAGGAA